CUCUGCGCGUGGUGAAAUACGGUGAAAUAACCCCCGUGACCUACAAGGUCACGGGGGUUAUUCCGUAAUGCAGCAGUGACUUGGUAGCCGUAAUGCAGCAGUGACUUGACAAACGGUUGUUCAUUAUUUCUCGAUUCAUGAGAAGCGCACCUGCGUCGGUUUUCGCGAUUGCCCCGGGGGUAGCUCUCCGAUGCAUUCUCGGUUUGUGCCGCGUUUUGUUUAGCACGAUGUCCGACGUUUCGCUCCCCGGGUACGACCCCGAAAGCACAGCGAAGAAAGUCCCCAGUUAAACCCACUUGGGCGAGGCAUUUACGCAACUGGCCACUGGCGUCCCACAGCCUUCCCCUGACGUCAGCCCCAGUGCGGGAACUCCCCUCGUGGCCCCUCCCUGGCCCGCGCGCUCUGCCCCGGUGCUGGCAUGGAGAGGCGCGGCGCACACGGAGGAGGGGCGGCCCCAGGUGUGCCGGCCCGCCAGGUGAGGCAGACCUCCACGUGAGCCCGGCCGCCAGGUGAAGCCCCGCUACGAGUUGAGCCAGACCCUCCCAUCGGAGGCGCCCCGGCUCGAGCAUGGGGAGACAGCCCCGGCCGGUUCUGCUCACCGUGGGUCUCCGGCUCACUCUCGCCUCUUCCCUGCUCGCCGUGGUCACCACUGCGACUCCUGCCACCGCUGCUGACACUGAGGCGAGCAUAAACGGCUCGUCUUGGUUCCAGGGGUGCCGGCUUGCCCCUAAUUCGUCGUCGGCGGGUACUGGCGACCUGCAGUGGCUUGGGGCAGUUGACCUCGGUGGAGGAGGAGGCGUCGGUGGGGUGCCAGGUUGCUGUCAGCUCUGCCUGCAGCUCAGGUACCGGUUUGCUGGGAUCUUCUCGGGCUCCGAGUGCACGUGCCUGAAUGAGACGACGUCGCUCCCACCUGCCGAUGACACCGCCUGCUCACAAAGCUGCGAUGGAGCCACGUGCCUCCCGGUGGGAGGAGGGGACGACACGCUGGCCGUGUACGAGACGAGCGGACCCUACAUCCUGGGCCUGCGCGUGUCUCUGCUCUACCGCUCCAUCCCUGCAGGGCGCCAGUUCCUGCUGGAGGCAAUGGGCAACUUGGCGGCACCCAGCACCAACCACAGCACAGGCCUGGCUCUGCUGCCAUGGCUGAACCUCACGCUGGUGGAGGUGGAAGUGGCGUGGGGGAACGGUCAGGUGGACAUCACCACACUCCACUGCCUCCAGUCUGGCGAGUUCAGCCGGGGCCCAGCCUACAUUUACGAGCAGCCUGGAAAUUACACCAUUGUCGUCUCGGCGCGCAAUUCCAUCUCGAGCGCGGCGGCGAACGUCUCGCUGGUCGUGGCGCUGCCUUCGCCCACCGGCCUGAACGUGGACGUCGCCUACGGCCCCUCGUCACGCCCCACCUGCGUGCCCCGCGCUCGCGCCGCCCCGGCCGAGCCGGUGCCCACCUCCUCCCCGGCGGGGACCCCGCUGCCCAUCUUCCUCGGGGAGCCCUACCGCCUGGAAGCGUUCGUUGUGACCGGGCGCAACAUCACCUUCCGGUGGAGGUUCGCGGGAGUAGGGGGCGGCGCAGACGCGGUAUCGCGAGCUCCGGACGACUGCGACGAGCACAACGGGACGCUGUGCUCCAGAGACUCGCAGAUCCACACAUUCGCAGAAGAAGGUGCCUUCACUGUCGAAGUUAUCGCGUCAAACAUUCACGGCGCAGUUUCAAAGAGCAUUGAGGUGGUGGUGGUGCCGAAGCUCCUCGCUAAUUUCACGCUGCGGGUGGCCGGCGGGCCCGCGUGGGACACGCGCACGCCGGUGGAGCUGUCCACAUCCGUGGUGACCACGUGCCGGCAUGAGCUGGAGCUGCUCGCCUUCCUGGAGCCCGGCGUUGUCCACCGCCACGCGCUGCGUGACAGCUACAGCGCCUUCAUCGGCGGCCUGGGCCACGUGAAUUUGGCGCAGAGCUACGGGGAGGACGACUGCGAGCUGCGGCUGACGCUGCGGCACCGCUACCCCGUCGCCGGCACCUACCGCGUGUUCAUCGUGCUCGCCGCAGGGAACCUGUCGGCGGAGGCCGCCCUGCCCGAGCCCGUCAGGGUUUACAACCUCGUGAAGAAGUUCGACAUCGACGGCCCAGCCGUCGUAUCCACCUUGGACGGCGCUCGAGUCUACGCCAUGCGGAAUUUCUCGGACGGCAUCGAGCCAACGGCUCGCCCUGAGAACUUCACUGAAUGCGAGUAUCUCUGGGAGGUCACCACUCCUCACGGCGAGCUGGUGCUGGAAAACACGACACAGCUGCUGUACGACUUUGAGGAGGUUGGGAAGUAUUUGAUCAACGCGAGUUUCACGAACCCCGUGAGCAGAGCCAGCGACUUUUUGGAAGUUGUGGUGCAGGAGCCGGUGUCGGCGCUCACGCUGCACUCGCCCAGCCCACACGUCAUAGCCACGGGGACCGCUGUGACGGCCAACGCCACGCUGGCCACAGGCACGAACGUCGACUUCCUGUGGACGUUCGACAGCGGCGAGGCGCCCAUGUCCACGGGAGGGAACACGUUCGCCGAGCACGUGUACACGCGGAGCGGGGUGUACGGCCUGAGCGUCGCUGCGAACAACGCUGUCGGCUUCGAACUUGCCACCUUGCCGGCUCGCUUCACCGUGCAGCGGCCCGUGGAGGGCGUGGCGGUGUCCGUCCCCUCCACCGUGACUGCGGGCGUCCCCACGGACUUCGCCGUAACUCUGACCGAGGCCACCGACCUCACGCUCACUGUGUCCGUGGACUCCGAGCUGAUUCUCAGUGUGGCUGUGGACGAGUGGUGGCAGCAGCAGCAGCAGCAGGAGGAUGGCGUUCCGGGGUUGGUGACCCUCGACCUCUCCUGGGUGUUCAAUGGCACUGGGCAGCACCAGCUGCGUGCGGACGUCAGCAACAAUGUGUCGCACGUGAGCCACUCGGCAAGCGUGAUGGUGGUGCCCGAGCUGACCGUGGCAGCGAUUAAUGCCUCUCAGCCAGCAGUGGUGGGGCAACAGCUGCUGCUUUUGGCGACUGUUAAUGGCCAGGUGUGGAGGGCCAGGGAGUACGUUUACUCCUGGACUCUGCCCACCUCCUUGGAGGCGCCGCUCGGCGAGACGGCCGCCCCCCCAUCCCACCCCCCUGACUCGGUGGCCCCCGGCCGUGAGCUCGCGUCUGGCAGCCCCCUCUUGGGCGUGCUGUGCCGGCGAGCGGGGCCCGCGCUGGUCGCAGUCUCCGUGUCCAAUGGGGCGGCCGCCGUCACCGGGCAGCUCUUGCUGAACGUCAGCGAAGGAGGAGAAGGAGGAGGGCCGACGCCGGGACCCAGGCUGCUCCACGCCACGUACUGGGAGGUCGGGCGGCAACUCGAUUUCACGCUCGUGAACAUCCUUUCAUCAGGAGUAUACAACAUAAGCUUUGGAGACAAGCAAUAUCUACUCAUAAAUACCACGUCAUUCCUCAACCAGAGCUUUGCGCACACGUACGCCCGGCCCGGCCUCUACGCCGUGGAGGCCUGGUCCCAGGGGGCCGUGCGGGCGCGCUCACUCGUGCAGCUGCUGCUGCCCCCGCAGGGGCUGCGCAUCGCCGGCGCCGAUCGCGUGGUGGCACUGCCCUCCAGCGGUCUGGCCGUGCCGGUGAGCCUCAGCGCCGAGCUGGCCAAUGGCUCCAAUGCCGUCUACCGCUGGGAGGUCUACGGCCCCAACGCCAGCGAGGCGAGGACAGGCAGCAGCAAGUUCCAGCUCGAAGUGAACGCCACGGGGACGUACGAGGUACGGCUCAUGGCCACGAACGAGCUCGGCUCCGCGGGCGCCGGCGCCUGGCUCAGAGCGGAGCGCCCCUUCACCGCCCUGGCGCUGUCGUUCCUGCACCUCGACGUCUCCGCGCCCGCCCGCUUCUCCCUCGCCGUGGCGCCCGCGCAAGAGUUCACGUUGCUGCUCGAUUUUGGCGACGGCGUCCGGGAGGAGCUGUCGUCCGGCCGGCUGGGGUCCGCGUUGGCGUGGGUAGCCGAGUGUCCCGGCGACGACCUGUUCGCCGAGCGGUGGGGCUGCUACAAUUUCACCGUCGCCCACCGGUACGACGCGGCCGGGCGCUUCCAAGUGAACGCGACGGUGAGGAACGACGUGAGCUCGCGGAGCGCCAGCCUGCUCGCGUCGCUGCCCGACAGCGCCUGGCACCUGCGCCUGGUGCUCAACUCGGCUUACUCGGUGCCGCUGUGGGGCGUGAUAAACGCCACCGCCUCGGUGGAAUCCGCCGCCGGCGGAGUGAACUUCACGUGGCGCGUCGAGACGCCGUGGCACGUGCCCCUCGACUGCUCCAUCGAAGCCAGCGAUGGCCUUCAUAGCACCGUGGUCUGCCCAGCGGUUGAGAUCAACGACUACGCCGUGAGUGUGACGGCUGAGAGCGCCCUGCUCGACAAGUCGGCGAGCGCCAGCCUGGAUCGUCCCGUGCGCGUGCUGCCGCCAAUCACGAAUGUGGAGCUGUUAUAUCCGUUCAGCAAGUCCCUCAAUCGAUAUGUGAAUUUUGCGACGCUGAAUGAACACCUGAAUGGUUCGUGGCAAACGGAGUUGCAGGUGUUUGAGGCGCGGGCAAACCCCGCCUUUCCGAUGAGCUUUCUCUUCACCCUCGGAAACAUCUCCCAGCUCGUGGAGGCCUUGAUGGGCUUCGAGCCUUAUGCUUCUGCCACGUGGCAGCACACAUUCACCGAAGAGGGAGCGUACAACGUGACGGUGACGGCGUUGAACGAGCUGGAGAGCAUCGCCAACAUGCCGGAUCCCUUCUACGUGCAGCGGGCGCCAGCGGGGCUCAGCAUCGACACGCCGCUCAGCGCGGUGCCGCACGGAGAGCCCGUCAGCUGCUCGGCGAGGCUGCGCUUCGGUUCAGAGCCACUCUACAACUGGUCCAUGGGAGACGAAACCAACUACCUGGCCGCCGGUCCACAGGUGCAGCACAUGUACACGUCCACCGGCCUCUACAACGUGACCGUGGUGGCCUAUAACCUCGUGGGCUCACUCAACGCCACGGCGCAACUCUCCGUGCAGAACGCCAUGCACGCUGUGAUGAUCGAGACGACCUCUAAGUAUUUUGCCGUGAAAAGCACCGUGAGCUUCUCCGUCAUUCCGGCGGACACCGUGUCUGUCACGUUCGAGUGGCACUUUGGGGACGGCACGGACCCGGUUACCGUACGGCUCCCUUACGCGACUUACAGCUAUGAAUACGCCCGCAGGUACAACGUGUCGGUGCGCGCCUGCAACGGCAUCAGCUGCACGGUGUCCAACGUGCUGUCGCUGGAGGUGCAGCAGCCCGUGGCGAUCAACAGCCUCAUGGUGAACGGGACCAAGAGGGUGCCGGGGCUGCUGCUGGGUAGGCCCGUGACGUUCCAGAUCUUCAUGAACUCCAACUCUGCUCUGCGCUACAACUGGAGCUUCGGCGAUGGCGACGUACGGACAGGAAACAGCUCGGAAGUGCACACCUACCAGAGGCAGGGGGAGUUUGAGGUGGAGGUGACGGUGUGGAACGACGUCUCGUCAGGUCAGCUGCAGAAGACGGUGUUUGUGGUGCUGGAGCCGUGCUCCCCGCCGCUCGUCAAGCUGCACGUCUCGCUGCCCAUCAAGGCCCGUGCUCACAAAAGUACCGCGGAUUUGAACGCACGAGCGCUUGAACCCUUUCACACGCGAAGCGCUUUCCAACCGCACAGCACCCUGCAGACAGAAAAUGUAUUCUGUUAGCAUGGUCAGUUUGAUUUUUGGUAAAUAAAAAGCAAAAUGAGUGAAACAUGGGGGCCCCAAGUCCUGAAGUGCAAUAUUGUUAUUCUUACAGAUGUUGUCACUAGAUGGAAACCGACACGUCACGUAAGUGGCCUGCAAAAAAAAACGUAAUUUGGGCUUACGUGAAAUAUCCAGCCACAGGAGAGUAUUGCUGGGUCCCGAGAAGAGACAGGAUUGGCUGUAGUUUUUUUCAUUAGAUACUGAAAAUGUCUUUCUUCGUGAAAAUACGCGCGGUGCCAUGUAUCAAGUGCUUUGCCCUCAUGCUGCCUCUGGCCCUAGCAGAUGGUCCGCCGGCGACCACUGGUGCUGGCUGUGAGUCUGGAGGAUGAGAAAGUCGACUGCGUCACCUCCCAGCUGCUGCUUUUCAACUGGACCGUCGUGGACAAGGACGGCUCUGCGCUGGCGCUGCCGCCAUCUGUGGCCACCAACAACCGGGGGCUUGUCAUUCCGGCGAACACCCUGAGCUACGGGAACUAUACCGUCGCCACCAAGGUGCGGAUCGCGGGCACGAUUGUGUACGCGGUGUACGCGGUGAGCGUCGUGGUGGAGCCCUCGCCGCUCGUGAGCAUCAUCUCCGGCGGCACAAGGGUGUUCCUCACUCGGCAGCAACACGUGCUGCUGGACGGGUCACGCUCCCUCGACCCCGACGACCCGGAGGACUCGACCGACCUCAGGCGAGUUGGGUCAUUGCCUCCACCGUGUCCUCCAUAUUUCGGGCUCAUUCAGGGUGGCCCGGUAAAAUUAUUUUGUGAACAAAGGAUUGUUUCAUUCAUGAAGACGACGUUUUCACACAUUUUACAAGAUUGUAAUGUUACUUAAGUUGAAUCUUUUUUUUUUCCACAAAGUUCUGGAACUCACCGGGGCUGACUGAUGUGUGACGUUCCUGUGCAGCGUGGAGACGCGGCUCACAACGAGAGUCAGUGUGCCUUGCACUCUGCGUGCCUUGCACUCUGCGUUCAGUGGUUGAUCUCUCACAGAGUGCAGUUGACCGUUCUUAGUUCCAAUGUUAAGGGUGUGGCAAAAAAAAAAUCCCGGUAAAUGCAGGGCACAGUUAUAUGUGCCCAUCGAAGUUUGAGGCCGCACUAUAGGUUUGAUAAAAAACCUCGUUUGCUUAAUGGUUUCAGCAAUGUAAGACGGGUUAUGACGAGGUGUAGUGCUAAUAAAAGGUAUAAUUUAGAGCUGAGCGAUGGGCCUCCUUUCUUAUCAUCAACCAUCACCCAUUCCUCCUCCAUUGCCGACGUUUCCGCAGAGGGGAAAGGGCAGCGAGCGUGGGCCUGCGGGUUUUUGCAGCGGCAACUCUCUCGCGUGUCCGUUUCCCGACCGCCGGGGCGCUUUUGACUCUCUUGUUGGCGUCAGGGGAUCCCGGGGAGUAAACGAUCGCGUCCGGCUGCCGCAGGUUCAGCUGGGGCUGCUACCUGAAGGGGAACCCGCGCACCUCAUGCUGGGACGUGACCUCCCUGGGCGGCGGCCUCAGCCCCCUCGAGUCGAGCGCCGUGCGCCUCGAGUUCCCCGCCGCGCUGCUGGUGCAGACGGACGCCUUUGUCAUCUUGCUCACCGUCAGCAAGCCCGGACGGGACGCCGUUACUUCCAAGCAGUUCAUCACCAUCUACCAAGAAGCACCCCUCCGGGUGGCGUUGUGGUGCCCCGUGUGUGAGAGCGGCGUGGUCCGGUGGGACCAGGAGCUCACCGUGCACGCCUCUUGCCCUGGUUGCAGCCUCUCGGCCAACAUCUCCUACGCGUGGGCCCUCAAGCCCGUAC